ACUCUUUAGCUCUUGCCUUCAAAUUCGACUCGAACGUAAGGAAGUGAAGAACCGUAUUGGUUUACGGCGGUGUGACAAUAGUGUUUUUAUUUAUUGCACUUGCCUGUGCAGAGGAAAAUUCUUUAAAUAUUUUAGGAGUGCAUUUCUAAAACUAAAAGAAAAUAUUUUUCUUUUCGAAUACUUAAGCGGUGUGAAAAACACCUGGAAGUCGUUGUUGCGCGUGUGUUGCAAGUAGCAUCGUUGUGCUAAACUAACGUUUCGUUGGGUCAGCAAACGCAAAAAUUCACUGCCAACCAACCAAAAUAUUCAUAGGGCUGAGGUUUAUGGUGGACGCCUAGCAAGUGCAAAUACAUAUAUAUUUAAGCGGUUAUAAGUGUACUAAUGGUGUUUUUAACUUAUUGAAACCGAAUUGUAAAUUUAUAUUAAACCAAAAUGAAUGCUCCUGGAUUGGCGACAGCUCUACUAUGCUGUGGAUUUUUUCUUAUCAGCUCAACCAUACGGAAUGUAUCUGCAGAUUCCUACAGUGACUACUUCUCUGAUUACGAUUGCAAUCAGCCGCUUAUGGAACAUGCUGUGUUAACGGCCACUUCAUCAUUGAACGACCGUGGACCCGAGAAGGCUCGCCUCAAUGCCGGUACUUCGUGGUCUGCCAAAAAUUCUGAUUUCGAUCAACGUCUUAUCAUCGAUUUGGGUAAUGUAAGAAAUGUGACACACAUCGCCUUGCAAGGACGUCCGCAUAGCGAUGAGUUUGUCACUGAGUAUUCAAUUAGUUAUGGCAUAACAGACCUGGAAUUCGCCGAUUACAAAGAACCAGGUGGCAACAUUAAGAUGUUUAAGGGCAACUCCGAUGGCAAUUCCAUACACUAUAAUGUCUUUGAGGUGCCUAUAAUUGCUCAGUGGGUGCGCAUCAAUCCAACCCGCUGGCAUGACCGAAUUUCGAUGCGUGUCGAGUUGUAUGGCUGCGAUUAUGUUGCUGAAAAUUUGUACUUCAACGGCACCGGUUUAGUCAGUUACGAUCUGCAAUAUGAGCCCGUCGCGUCCAUGCGCGAAUCGAUACGCUUCCGCUUCAAAACCGCCUUCGCCAAUGGCCUGCUCAUGUAUUCGCGCGGCACACAGGGCGAUUACUUCGCAUUGCAAUUGAAGGAUAAUAAAAUGAUAUUGAAUUUGGAUUUGGGCAGCAGCUUGAUGACUUCGCUGUCCGUUGGCAGUUUGUUGGAUGACAAUGUUUGGCAUGAUGUGGUGAUUUCACGCAAUCGACGCGAUAUCAUAUUUUCUGUGGAUCGUGUUAUUGUACGUGGCCGUAUUAAGGGUGAAUUUACACGUCUGAAUUUGAAUCGUGCGCUAUACUUGGGUGGCGUACCUAAUGUGCAAGAAGGUAUUAUUGUGACGCAAAAUUUCACUGGCUGCAUGGAGAACUUGUUUAUAAACUCGACAAACUUUGUGCGUGCUAUGAAGGAUAGUUUCGAGUAUGGCGAUGCAUACCGUUAUACUAAAUAUCACACCGUUCACGCUUGCCCUUCGCCACCCAUUUACCCAGUUACAUUCACCACACGUGGCUCUUAUGUGCGCAUCAAGGGAUAUGAAGCCCAAAACACAAUGAAUGUUUCCUUUUAUUUCCGCACGUACGAGGAUAGAGGAGUUAUGCUGCAUCACGAUUUUGCCUCGGGUGGUUAUAUACGCGUCUUCUUGGAAUAUGGCAAAGUGAAACUUGACAUGAAAAUUGCCGACAAACCACGCAUUAUACUGGAUAACUACGAUGAGCAAUUUAACGAUGGCAAAUGGCAUUCGUUUGUGUUGACAAUUGCGCGCAAUCGCUUGGUGCUUGACAUAGAUCAGCGCCCCAUGACCACAACGAAGAAUAUACAAAUCUCAACGGGCAAGGUUUACUACAUCGCGGGCGGUGUGGACAAGAACGGUUUUGUUGGCUGUAUGCGUCUGAUAUUGGUCGAUGGAAAUUACAAAUUACCAAAGGAUUGGGUGCAAGGCGAAGAGGUGUGCUGCGGCGAUGAGGUGGUGGUAGAUGCCUGUCAAAUGAUUGAUCGUUGCAAUCCGAAUCCAUGCCAGCAUAGCGGUGUUUGCCAUCAGAACUCGAUGGAGUUCUUCUGCGAUUGUGCCAACACAGGCUAUGCGGGCGCAGUUUGUCACACAUCGAAUAAUCCGCUUUCAUGCCAAGCUUAUAAGAAUGUGGGGCACGUGCAACAGCGUGUCAAUUUAAAAAUUGAUGUUGACGGCAGUGGCGUUCUGGAACCCUUCCCUGUAACUUGCGAAUUCUAUCCCGACGGUCGCGUUAUUACAACACUCAGCCACAGCCAGGAGCACACAACCACUGUGGAUGGCUUCCAGGAACCUGGCUCCUUCGAACAAAAUAUCAUUUACGAUGCUAAUAUGCUUCAAAUUGAGGCGCUGCUCAAUCGUUCACACACUUGCUGGCAGCGUUUGAGCUACUCCUGCCGUUCAUCGCGGCUCUUCAAUUCGCCUUCUGAACCAGGUAAUUUCCGUCCAUUCUCUUGGUGGGUAUCUCGGCACAAUCAACCCAUGGACUAUUGGGCUGGCGCAUUGCCGGGCUCGCGUAAAUGUGAAUGCGGCAUUUUGGGCAAAUGCCAUGACCCAACCAAGUGGUGCAAUUGCGAUUCGAAUAGCCUUGAAUGGGCUGAGGAUGGCGGUGACAUACGCGAAAAGGAGCAUUUACCGGUGCGCGCGGUGAAGUUCGGUGACACUGGUACGCCGCUUGAUGAGAAGCAGGGCCGUUACACCUUGGGCGCGCUGCGUUGCGAAGGUGAUGAUCUCUUCACCAACGUAGUGACAUUCCGCAUCUCCGACGCCACCAUCAACUUGCCACCAUUUGACAUGGGUCAUUCCGGUGAUAUUUAUUUGGAAUUCAAGACAACGCAGGAAAACGCUGUACUUUUUCACGCCACUGGUCCGACCGAUUAUAUUAAGUUGAGCAUUAAUGGCGGUAACAAGCUGCAGUUCCAAUAUCAAGCGGGCAGUGGACCGCUUGGCGUAAAUGUGGGCACAAGCUACCAUUUAAACGACAAUGAGUGGCACACUGUAAGCGUGGAACGCAAUCGCAAGGAAGCGCGUCUCGUUGUUGAUGGCUCCAUCAAGGCAGAGGUACGCGAACCGCCAGGUCCAGUGCGCGCUUUGCAUCUCACCUCAGAUUUGGUUAUUGGCGCUACAACGGAGUACCGCGACGGUUAUGUGGGCUGCAUUCGCGCCUUGCUACUCAAUGGCAAAAUGGUUGAUCUGAAGCAAUAUGCAUUGCGUGGUCUUUAUGGCAUAAGCGCCGAUUGUGUGGGCCGCUGUGAGUCCAGCCCGUGCCUAAACAAUGGCACAUGCAUAGAACGCUAUGAUGGCUACUCGUGCGAUUGCCGCUGGAGUGCAUUCAAAGGACCCAUUUGUGCAGAUGAAAUUGGCGUUAACUUGCGCACCAGCUCCAUUAUACGCUAUGAGUUCGAGGGCUCCUUCCGUUCGACGAUUGCCGAAAAUAUACGUGUGGGUUUCACAACUACCAUACCCAAAGGUUUUCUACUCGGCUUUUCCUCCAAUUUGACAGGCGAAUACUUGACCAUACAAAUAUCCAACUCAGGGCACUUACGUUGUGUUUUCGAUUUCGGCUUUGAGAGGCAGGAAAUUAUUUUCCCGAAAAAACAUUUCGGCUUGGGACAAUAUCACGAUGUUAGGUUUUCACGUAAGAACAGUGGCUCCACUGUUGUGCUGACGGUGGACAAUUACGAGCCAGUCGAGUACAACUUCGAUAUAAAAGCUAGCGCGGAUGCGCAAUUCAAUAAUAUACAAUACAUGUACAUAGGCAAGAAUGAAUCGAUGACCGACGGUUUCGUGGGCUGUGUAUCGCGCGUGCAAUUCGAUGAUAUUUAUCCGCUGAAAUUGAUGUUCCAACAGAAUCCGCCAGCAAAUGUGAAAUCGCUGGGUACGCAAUUAACCGAAGACUUUUGUGGUGUGGAACCGGUCACUCAUCCGCCCAUAGAAGUUGAAACACGUCCUCCACCGCUGGUCGAUGAAGACAAAUUACGCAAGGCGUAUGGCGGAUUUUCUAUUGUACUGGGCUUUAUUUUGGCCAUACUCAUACUACUAUUGUUGCUCAUGCUCUUCUUGAUUGGCCGUUACGUGCAUCGACAUAAAGGCGACUAUUUAACACAUGAAGACGAAGGCGCCGCCAAUGCCGAUGAUCCCGAUGAGGCUGUGUUGCACUCGCGCACUGGUCAUCAAGUGACGAAACGGAAAGAAUGGUUCAUAUAGUUCGGUAUGCAGCACGUAGGCAAUUGGAGCACGUAGUCGUCCCGUUGGCUACAGCUCUGCACAGCCUGCUGCAACUUUACUUUAGAAACCACAACGCUCGCAAGCGUACGCACUCAAACACACAUCCACACGAAUGAAAAGAAAUUGUUGAAUUCUUUUUAAUCUACAAAUCGCAUCAUAGUAUCGUGAAAUAUAUUUUACUUACUUAUUAAUUGAUUGUAUUAAGCAUGACAUGACAAACGGUGAAGUUAAGACGUUAAGACACUGACAAGAAUAAUGAGGAAAUAGGCGUACAAAUUAAAGAGCUACGAAGAAGCGUUAAAAACUCAAAAAAUUUAUAAAACGAAAGUUUUAAAUUAUCGAAAAAAACAACAACAAAUAUUCAUAAACUCAACGAAAAUUACUGCAAAUCGAAUUAAGAUUAAGGCAUAGAGAUUUGUAUUUUGGAGCGUGACACACUGCCAAUUUUGAAAUAAGCAGACAACAUCACCAGUUGGAAGUGGGACAAUUUGUGAAAUGCUCUUUACCGAAGCGAAGUGUACUUAUCUACACAGCUGAAAAACAAAAAUCACAACUGGACUGUGUUAGCUAACUUCUUCUGCCAACUAAAUAUUUAGUUAUGUUUUCUUCGUUGUUGUUGUAGCAGCAUACGAAUUCCCCAUACAUAUACGGGGAAUGCAACUGAAGUGAGUGAAAGUGCUUGGCCGGACAUAAGUCCGGCUUGUUCCGGUUACAAUGUAUUAUUCGUCAUUCUUUGUGCUGAGUUUGGCUUUUUUUCAAUUGUGCUCGGUGGCUUAAUUUGAAUUUUUCAUUUAGUUUUAUGAUUUCAUUGCGUAUUUCUUAAAGUUUUUACACAAUUUUAUAGGUUA